AAUAAAGAUAAACAUAGUCCAAGUAUGUCAGUACUGGGUCGAGACAUUACAUAUAAUUGAGAAAAGAGAUUGUGCAACCUAGAAGCUUCUUUAAAUCCAAGCGGUUUGAAUUAGAAAAGUGCAGAAUUUCCCUAAAUAACCUGAUUCUUACCUAAAUAUAAAGAACAAUACUUUGCGUAAUCCAUUUGCAGUCUGUAUUUCCCCAACAUUUCGGUCAUCCUUUGCUUUGCUGCUUAGGGUUUUCUUCCCAUUUUCAAUUGAUCUUAAUCCUUUUCUUAAUUCCCCCAAUUAUCAGGAGUUAUUGGCAAAAGGAAAAUGGAGGGAAGAGGAGGCAGGAAUAAUUUAUUUGACCCCUUUGCCGGCUUUAGUGGGUUUGGUGGUAUGGGAGGCCAUCAGAGUAUUUUUUCAAGUGUUUUUGGAGGAAGAGAUCCAUUUGAUGACCCUUUCUUCACUCGUCCAUUUGGAAGCCCAUUUGGGGGCAUGUUGGAGACUGGCUUGUUUGGUGGUAAUGGUAAUCCUUUCACUGGUACACAUCCAGGGUCUGAAUUGUUUGGUGGUAAUGGUAAUCCUUUCACUGGUACCCAUCCAGGGUCUGGCUUGUUUGGUGGUAACGGUAAUCCUUUCGCUGGUGCGCAUCCAGCUGGGUUUGUACAACAGCAAGAGUCACAGCCAAAUAAACGGAGGGGCCCCGUGAUUGAGGAGUUGAAUUCAGAUGAUGAGCAUGAAGAAGGUGGUGGUUCUGAGGAGGCGAAAGACUAUCACCCCAGGAAACAUUCUAGAUUAGCUAGAGAGCCUUAUGUUGAGAUCUCUGAUGAUGAAACUGAUGAUGGGAGAAAUAAGCACAUCCAGUAUAGAAAUGAGUUCAACAACAGGAUGAACAAUGUCCAGCCUCCGUCUCAGUCCCAAUGCUACACCUUUCAGAGCUCUACUGUAUCAUAUGGUGGUAAUAAUGGAGCAUAUUAUACUAAAUCUUCAACCAAAAGGGCAGGGAGUGAUGGAGUGGUUUUUGAAGAAUUUAAAGAAGCUGAUAGCACCACUGGUCAAGCGAAUCACAGGGUCUCAAGGGGACUUCAUAACAAGGGCCAUACUCUUGCAAGAAAGCUUAAUUCUGAUGGUAAAGUGGAUACAAGACAGAUGCUGCAUAACCUGAAUGAAGAUGAGCUUGUUGGCUUUGAAAAUGCUUGGGAAGGGAGUGCUGGAAGGCAUUUGACGGGUGGUAGGCUGAGUUUGGAUGGAGGUAACUCGGAACUUGGUAGAUCUGGACAGACGAGCAGGCAAGGAUGGGCACUUCCUUCUACUCAGCAUCAAGGAAACAACUCUGGUGGUAAUCAUGCAGCUCAUAUGCAGCAGCAGACAGGGCAGAGGGGAGCGGAUCGUGGGUUGCACGGAAGAAUGAAGGGUUAAGCGGUUAGCUAGCUGUAGCCGAUAGUAAAUGUCUACCCUUUCGAUUAUCUCCAUUGUGCAUGUAUAUAUAUGUGAUAGUACUCAUAGUAGUCUUGGACAACCCUACUAUCCCAUCUCUAUUAGCAUGAAUGUCUGCUCUUUAGUUUAAAGAGUGAAGAAUUAUUUUGCCUUUCUAUGUGAUGCUUAUGUUGUACACUUGUACCAAGUUUUAAUCAUCCUGGCUGAGCAAUGAUGGAGGCGGCACAUUUUGGUGUA